AUGUCUUAUACUUCAAAUUAUGGUGCUCCGGGUGUUCCCGCUCCUCCAGGAACAUUGUAUACAGCUACCUCCUCUUCUACUUAUGGUGGUAGUAGUGCUGCCCCACCAUCGUCUUCAACUUAUGGCACCAGUGGAUCUUCCUAUAAUAAUAGUGGUUCUUAUAAAAAUUCUUCUGGUUAUAGUUCUUCAUCUUACUCUUCAAGAUAUGGAAACGAACGUGGUGUAGAUCGUUCUUAUGAUGAUCGCAGUCGGAGGGAUCGUAAGGAAUAUGAUUCUCGCAGCUCUAGCUAUCGAGAUCGUAGUCCAACUUAUGAAAAUUAUGGAAGUCGGGAACGUUAUUCAUCAUCGAGCUAUCGUCCAGGAGGAAAUAACACCGCCUCCUAUUCAAAUGAUCGUAUGUCAAACCUUGGAUCAGGUUUGAUUAAACAGGAGUGGGAUUUCUCUAAACUCCAUAAAUUUGAAAAGAAUUUUUAUCGGGAACAUCCUGAAGUCAUUUCACGAUCAGUUGUCGAAGUGGAGGAGUACCGUAAAUUUCAUGAUAUGAAAGUCUUUGGUCGUGAAAUCCCAAAACCAGUAGAGACUUUUGAAGAGGCCAAUUUUCCAGCUUAUGUGUUGAAAGAAGUAUUGGACCUCGGAUUUAAAGCUCCCACGCCAAUUCAAUCUCAAGGAUGGCCGAUGGCACUUUCUGGGCGUGAUGUUGUAGGUAUAGCUGAAACAGGAUCUGGCAAAACUCUAGCCUACUGUUUACCGGCUAUCGUACAUAUCAAUGCCCAACCGUUCCUUGAACCUGGUGAUGGUCCGAUUGUUCUAAUUCUCGCUCCUACACGUGAAUUAGCCGUGCAAAUUCAACAAGAAUGUACCAAAUUCGGCAAGUCCUCAAAGAUUAAAAAUACCUGUGUAUACGGUGGUGUACCUAAAGGACCUCAAGCUCGCGAGUUGUCACAAGGUGUUGAAAUUUGCAUUGCGACACCUGGUCGUUUAAUCGAUAUGUUAGAAUCUAGGCGAACAAAUCUUCGCCGAGUUACUUACCUUGUUCUAGAUGAAGCAGAUCGUAUGUUAGAUAUGGGAUUUGAACCUCAAAUUCGUAAGAUAGUUGAUCAAAUUCGACCAGAUAGACAAACACUUAUGUGGAGUGCAACUUGGCCAAAAGAAGUUAAAAAGCUCGCCGAAGAUUAUCUUCAUGAUUUUAUUCAGGUGAACAUUGGUUCAUUAGAUUUAUCGGCGAGUCAUAACAUUACGCAGGUAGUCGAAGUUUGUGCAGAGUACGAAAAACGAACAAAAUUAGUUAAACAUCUUGAGAGGAUUAUGGAUCAAAAAGAUAAUAAAACAUUAAUCUUUACUGGAACUAAGCGUACAGCGGACGAAAUUACUAAAUACUUGCGUCAAGAUGGUUGGCCAGCACUUGCAAUUCAUGGUGAUAAGGCUCAGAGUGAACGUGAUUGGGUUUUAAGUGAAUUUCGGAGUGGAAAAUCCCCAAUUAUGGUCGCUACUGAUGUUGCAUCUAGAGGAAUCGAUGUUAAAGAUGUUAAGCUUGUUAUCAACUACGAUUUUCCCACUAAUGUAGAGGAUUAUGUUCAUCGUAUUGGACGAACAGGUCGUGGUGGUGCCAAAGGCUCUGCUAUAACGUUCUUCACAAUGGACAAUGCUAAACAAGCUAAAGAUUUGGUGAAUAUAUUGCGGGAAGCUAAUCAGGAAGUGGAUCCAAAACUGACAGAUUUAGCAAAAAUUUCUACUGUCAAUCCUAAUAGUGGCAAGUGUUUAUGUUAUUCUCGUUUUCAACAAUUUAUUCUUCUAGUAGCCGCUCUCGUUGGUAAUAUAUUAGAGUUUGUGGAGUGUAUUGACUUGGACUUGGAAUGA